AUGUCAACUAUAUCGCCUCGUCCUUCUAUAGCAUCUGCUCGAACCCCUACACCGACUGGAUCCCGUCGGCCGUCUCUUGAAGCCAGCAGCUUGGCCACAAGCAACACAUCAACCCCAACUGCCAAAGCAUCUCCAUCUCUUGCGCACCGGAAAAACCGAGCUGCGUUACGGGACUACUACAAUCUCCGACCUGCCCACCCUGAGCCACCUCAUCCCAACAAUUCUCAAUCACGAAGCGUCUCCCCUAGCCUCAGUUCUCGCGCUUCAGCAACCCACCCAGCCCCCGUCGAAGCGCAUGCCGAACUCGACAGCCCCAACUUCGAUCCGUCCGCUUACAUCACCCAUUUACUCUCAACCUCCUCUCUCUCAACUAUUCUCAAAGCAGAAAAUUCAUUAAUAAGUGAUAUCCGAACGCUCGAUGGCGAACGUAAAGCGCUUGUAUACGAUAACUAUUCCAAACUGAUAAAGGCGGUGGAAACCAUCGGGAAGAUGCGCGCUAGUAUCGACGAAAGAGGACAGCCUGUUAUCCUGACGAAGACGCUGGGCCCGGCAGUUGGAUUUGUGGCGGAAACCGCAGCGGCACUGAGUCAGGAGCAGGAGGAAUCUCGGCGGGAGCGGGUCGCUCAGAAGCAGCCAGGCAACCUGGAUCGAGAGAGGGAGACUGUGAGAUGGGUUCUCGCGAGCCCUAAGAGGCUUAAAAAACUGUUAGAUGAUGGUAAAGUAGAAGAAGCGGAUAGAGACUGGAAGGAGGUUUCUCUGGACAAGGUAUCCUUUUUGGAUCGUUACUACCAUGCGAGUCUGCAAUUUGCAGAGUGA